CAGUUCCAUAUUCAGUUCUACUUUUAACAUAGUUGUUUUAAAAUUUAAAAUGACACACUGCUCACGCUAGUUUAACAUUCUUUCUGGUAACGUUCAGAUCGAACCUACCACUCUUUAUACAAGUUCUGCUUAACUUUCAACUGCCUAAUGUUCUCGAUUCUGCCGUGUGUCCUCUAGAAUUCUAAAUGUUUACGAACCGUGCCCUCCCUUCAUUUUACGGUGUUCAGAUGCGACCACCGUCCAUUUGGAUUAUUCUGUCUUCAUAAAUUCAGUUUCAUAAAUCACAUAUUGAUCAAAGUUUUUAUAAGUUUCAUAAAAUUUUUCAUUUUUAUGUAAUUUCUGGGUUAAAAAGUUCAACAUCCAAGUUUCCUAAAUUUUAUGAUAAGUUUCCUACCUGUGUGAUUUAUGAAACUGGAAUACAGGCUAUGCUGUCAAACUUCGUGAAACAGUAAAUUGAACGCGAAAGAGGCCACCUUGUUCUGAUCUUACUUGACCAAUAUCCCGGUAUCCAAAUAGGACAGAUAGCAUGGAUGUAUAGCAUUAACUCUCGGCAAACAAAAUGAAAAACAAUUUUUACAGUUCGUUCCGUAAAACAGUUUUAUAAUCAAAAUGAAAGCCACUGGUAUAAUGAUUAUGCAACAGAGUAAUAUAAAUGAAUUAUAGGGCCAAUGUAGGUACGAAAAUUGAAAAUACCAUUUUCAGAAAAUGUAAAACUGGAUUUUUGGUGCCAAAACUUCAUUUUUUUAAAAAAUAAUGUGGGAUUCGUAAUCAGCGUCCAAAACUGCAUCUAAUGAUAUGCUCCUUUCAGUUAUACUCUAAAAUAAUUUUUUCAAAAACUUGAUCAGCGAAGUCUCGAGUUACGUGGACAAGCCGUCAGGACAGAUCAAUGGUAUAUGUCGACAUUUAUUUGUGUGUAUGUGCAAGCAUAUACCUUUUUGAAUUUAUUGUACGCAUGUACAUGGUGAAAGUAUACAACAAGUUAUUUCUUGUUUGCAUAUGCUAGCACAUGUGUAGUUUAGUCAGCUUUUUCAAUUGAAACUCGACAAUGUCUAAUUAAUAUAAAUUUUGUUAUAUUUUUAUUAGAAUUUUUAGAAAUAUCCUUUAAUUUAACUUUUUCUUAUAAAAUACAGUAUAUUCUCAGCUGAUUAUUUCAGCACAAACGUGGCUUCUGGAUGCCAAAAAAGACUAAAAAUUUCAGAGCAAAUAAAUGCAUUUUAAAGUAGUUAUAGAUGGAAAAAAAUAGAAAAUCUUGGUAUUGGCUGUGUGAAAGUUAGCGUUUUGAGCAAAGCUGGACAAGACAAAAGUUCUCCACGUUACAAAUUAAUUCAAGUCACUAAAAAUAUUUUAAAAUCAAGUCAAGUCAUCCCUCGAACUUUUUCCUCCAAGUCAAGUCAAGUCUGAUUGAAAAUCAAGCAGAACAUAAAAUGUGCUAGCUCGUUUUGGGUGAAAGACAGUUUUUAAAGCUUCAGAGACUCUGUUUCAUGAUAAAAAAUGGCUAAUUUAAGCGAAAAUGUCUUUCUAGAUAUGAGUUGACUUGAAAAAGUUUUCGAGUUCAGUCGCAAUCACGAAAAAAAUUUAUCAAGUCAAGUCAAACUUGACUUGGACUUGUCUAGCUCUGGUUUGGAGGAAAAGAAUGAUUUCCCCUUUUCCAAACAAUAAUCUCAAAAUUUUCUUUUUACCAGUUAGUUUUCGUCAAUUCUCGUUUUUCUUGUACCAGGUUUCUGGCAGCCUUAAAACGAAAAAUGGAGUUUUAUAUAGAAAAAGUGAAAUAUGAGUGUUUUUGCAAUAUUCAUGAGAUUCUAUAAAGAAAGACUAAAUUAAUUCCAGUUCAUAGUCAAUAUUACGAAGGUCGAGCAUCUAAGUUAUACACUACUUGCUAAAACUAAAGAGAAAUAAAUUAUAGAGAAAAAAACAGUAUUCUUCAACAUUAUUUGUACUCGAUUCUCUUUAUUUCGAUAAAUGUAUAAAAACGAAGCAUGAACUUACAUGUUUUUCUUUUUCUCUCAUGCGUUAUCAACAGCGUUACCUUUAUCGCUGUGGAUUAUUAAAGACAGUAAAACGAUCUAGAGUGGUGGCAUUUAACAUUACACCACACAUAAAAGGUUAUGAUUAGUUUCCAAAUGGCAAACGGAAAUUUAUACUCUUUACAUGUACAGACAAUAAAAAGAUAACGGAUAUAUAUAAGAACAGAGGUGACAGUCAUUCACGAUACAUUUUUUUCUGUAACAAACAAGCACCAUGUCUUUAAAAUUUUUGUUUAUUUUUAAUUCUAUUUUGUGUUGGACCAUCGUAAUAAAUAAUGCAGCGAAUUGUCCAAUACCGGGCAGUGCUUUACGAUUUGCGAUUCUUGCUGGUAGUACGGUAAGUAGUACGGGCUUAACAAAUGUCACUGGUGAUCUUGGUAUUAGUCCAAGUGUUGCCUUAACCGGUUUCAGUCAAAUUCCAGGCGCUAAUACGGGCUUUUUGAACGGUUCAUCCCAUCUCGGGGAUGAGACUGCAUCAAAGGCUAAGUCUGAUGUAAAAACAGCUUAUCAUUUAGCCGCCGGUUUUGCAAUGACAAGACGAAUGACGGGUGUGGACAUCGCCGGACAAAUAUUGGCACCGGGUGUUUAUAAAUUCGAUAGUGAUGCUGCACUGAAAGCACCCAAUGGUAAUUUGACAUUGACUGGUCCGGGUAUUUAUGUUUUUCAAAUUGGAAGCACAUUAAUAACAAGCGGUGGAAGUCAGAUUCUCUUAGUAAAUGGUGCAACGGCUGGCUGCGUGUACUGGCAAGUGGGAAGUAGCGCAACACUGGGUAUAAAUAGUCAGUUUGUUGGCAUUAUUAUGGCACAAGCAUCUAUCGGUUUCGACACAAAUGCAUCCCUUCUUGGCUCAGCGUUUGCUCUGGAUGCGGCCGUUACACUGAAUAGUAAUCGUAUUAACGUUCAACCAGCUUGUAAAUAUAUUACGAAAUUUUUUUUUGUUAUCACUUCUCUAUUUGUGUCUAUGUUUGGCGUUUUAGGUACAAUUUUGACGGCACCAGAAUGUCAUUCAUUAUCUGCAUCCUCUACGAUGUUGAUAUCACAAACGGCAAGCGCCGUUGAAAUAGUUUUUAAAGUACGUAUUGUAUAA